AUGGCGACCGGUUUUCCACGACGGUGGCUUCUCAUCGUCUCUCCGUUCAUUGCAAUUUUUUUUGUCUAUCAUUUCUAUCUCACCCCUACCUCACAACCUGCCACACAACCCAUCACGCAACCUCCGGUCGCCCAAAACCCUCCAGCUCCCGACCACGCGCCCGGACAACCCAAACCAAACCCGGUUGUCGGACAAGAGAAGCCCAAGGUAGAGCCUCCGCCCGUGGAGUUUGCGUCGAAAGAGGAGUUAUGUGGGAAUUUGCCACAUGACAUGGACGAUGUCCUGGUCGUCCUGAAGACCGGAGCGACCGAGGCCCUCGAGAAAGUCCCCGUGCACCUCCGCACCACGCUGCAGUGUGUGCCGCACUUCGCCAUUUUCUCCGACUACGAGGAGACCAUCAAUGGCGUGCGAACCCAAAACGUCAUCCGCAACGUCAAGCCAAACACCUUGCAAAACGAGCCCGAAUUUGGGUUCUACCAUCGCUUGCAGAAGGUGGGCCGAGAAGGACUGACCGAGGCCGAAUGGGGAGACCACACCAACGGCCCGCUGGGCAAAGUCAACAACCCCGGAUGGAAGCUGGACAAGUGGAAGUUCCUCCCCAUGGUCGACAAGGCAUUCGAGACCAUGCCCAAAGCCAAGUGGUUCAUUUUUCUCGAAGCCGACACAUACAUCGUGUGGCAGAACGUGAUCACCUGGUUGGCACAUCUGGACUGGAACCGACCGUACUACCUCGGCAGCCCGAUGCAAAUCGGUGACAUGCUGUUUGCCUAUGGUGGAGCUGGUAUCAUUCUCUCUCAAAACGCCGUGCAGCAAUUGCAUGGCUACACUGCCAGCAAGCAGGAGGAUUUGGAGCGCAUGACCGCUGGCGAGUGGGCGGGAGACUGUGCCCUGGCUCGGGCUCUGGGCGAUUUGCAGAUUCCCUUGACUUGGGCAUGGCCCAUGAUGCUGACCUCUCGGCCGUGGGAGCUCGAUCACUUCAGCGAGGGCUAUGGCCGUCAACCGUGGUGCUAUCCCGUUGUUUCGUACCACCACAUGACUGAAGAGGAUAUCGACUUGAUGUGGCACUUCGACCGGGGAUUUUUCAAGAGUGGCAAGAAUGCGCUACUGCUCCACGGCGACGUUUUCCGCAAACUUAUUCACGACCAGUCUCUCCGCCAACUGGACGAAUGGGAUAACCUCGCUGGUACCGUGAUCGAUUUUGCAGCCCCAACUGAGCCCUCACUGCAGGCCUGCGCCGAAGUCUGCGCCCGCAACAGCGAAUGCCUCCAAUAUACCUUCAAUAAGAAUGACCGUGUCUGCAAACACUCCGCCACGGCCAUGCGUGGUAUUCCUAGCCCCGGCACCCAGUCCGGUUGGAUGCAAUUCCGCAUCAAGAAACUCUUGAAAUCAUUCCAGUCCUCGUGUGGUCAAGUGGAAUAUAUCUUUGAGUGA